UGGCGGCGGCGGCGUUGGUGGUGUUGGUGGUGGUGUUGAUCGCGCUUGCGUGCAGAAGCCGCGUUAAGAACCUCCGAUUGCCCAGUCCCGGGGGGCACCCCCCCCCCCCAAACCGACUCCUCUUCUUCAUCAAUUCCCCCUAAGACCGGAGGCAUCUGCCAGGCUGCCGUGAGUACCGACGGAGCCUUGGCGCCGCUGGACUACCCCCUCGGACAUCUUCAAGAGGUGGAGCCCACGGGCCACGGGCCACGCUCUGUCAGUGACGGUGAAUGAAAUGGGGGGAGCGACGUCGCGGCCAGCACGGUGUCACCUGGAGGUGUGAGGAGUGCCGUGGGGAGCUCGUCUUGCCUGCCCCCGUGCCUUGUGGCCCGCGUGUUACACCAGAUCUGCAGGGUGACCUGACCCCAACCAGGUGGGCAGACAGGCGACCUCUGGCGACCUCUGACCCCCCCAUGGGAGACCCAAUCUGCAAGUGACUGGACCUUCAUUUGCACCGACCUCAAGGUGGACAGAGGCACGGGUGACACGACCCCUGGCGUGAGUGAAGCAGCCUCUACAGGUGACCAAACCAACCAACCCACCCCCCAGGUGACCGGACCUUCUACAGGUGACCAGAUCCAUGGCCGGGCUGGAGGCACACGUGGGCAUCCCGGACCCCUACGUGCUCUUGAAGGCGCCGCAGUGCGACUCGGACGUGAAGCUGGAAGCCGGCGACUGCUGCCACGCCGCCAAGUUAUGCUUCCCGAUGGAGGCCCUGGCAGAGCACGAUGAAGGGGCACUCUUCAUGGGCUCCGAGACGGACGUCGUCACCAGCAACGGGGACCUGGACGCCAGCGAAGGGCAUGUGGUCAUUGAGGACGGUGAACCGAGCCACCUGCUCCUGCAAUGUGCACAGAUGGAGGAGGACAAGACCAGCGGCUGUGUGGAAGAGGUGGAGGGUGAGUUGCCUCCCGAACACGCCGCCUUCGGCCUGGAUGCGGGAGUGGCGGCGGCGGCAGUGGUGGAGGGCAACGCCGAGGCGAUGGAGACACCGCUCAGGGCAUGCCGGGAGCGGAGCAAGAGAGCCGUGCGCUGGAGCAAGCGGUGUCCCGCCGAGCCGGAAGGGCCCGACGACCCGGGGGAUGCUCCGUUCCGGUGCAACACGUGCCAACAGGAGUUCCGCAACCGCCUGUCGCUGGUGCUACACAGCCGCACGCACGGCGCCGGCGAGCAAGGCGGUGACGAACCGCGCACCAAGAGAGUGGCGACGGGCAAAGCGAAGGUGAAGCCGACGGCGGCGGUGCCGAAGAAGAAGCGCCCGGAGGGGAGGUCGAACGGGGAGAAGCCUUACGUGUGCGAGGACUGCGGCAAGGCGUUUGCGCAGCCCUUCCACCUGCUGCAGCACAGGCGCACGCACACAGGCGAGCGACCGUACACCUGCAGCCAGUGCGGCAUGUGCUUCGUCUACUCGUCGGUGCUGCGCCUGCACAAGCGCGUGCACUCGGGCGAGAAGCCGUUCAAGUGCGGCGAGUGCCAGCGCGCCUUCACGCAGUCGUCCAACCUGCGCAAGCACAUGACGACGCACACGGGCGAGCGGCCGCACCAGUGCGAGAGCUGCCCCAAGCGCUUCACGCAGCGCUCGGCCCUCAACCGCCACCGCAAGACGCACGGUGGGGAGCGGGCCUUCGUGUGCGAAGACUGCGGCAAAGCCUUCAUGUUCCGCACCAACCUGGCGCUGCACCGGCGCGUGCACACGGGCGAGAAGCCGUACAUCUGUGACGAGUGCGGAAAGCGCUUCUCGCUCUCGUCCGGCCUCGCGCGCCACAAGAAGGGCCACUCGGGCAAGCGGCCCUACGCGUGCCCCGAGUGCGGCAAGGCCUUCAUCCGCAUGGCGCACCUCAACCAGCACCGGCACAUGCACACGGGCGAGAAGCCGCACGUGUGCACCGUGUGCGGCAAGGGCUUUGCGCAGCACUGCGGCCUCAACUACCACAAGAAGCGCUGCUUCAUUAGCCUGUGUACCUGAGUCGGCUGCCAUCGCCGCCACUGAGGCCAAUGCCGCAGUAGCUGUAUUUGCUGCUAAGCCGUGUCCACGCACAGGCAUGUGGUGAAGUAACGCCGAGUCUGUUACAUUUGCGAGUGUGAGUGCCCGGUUAUGGGCGCAGCUUCGAAGGCACAGGUGCCUCCUGUAGGGACACUGACAGCAGUGUAGUUUAUUUGGCAGAGCUUUUAGACUACGUUUUCCGUUACCAUGCACAGUGUUGGAAGGCAGGUUGUUCACUGAGUGACUGUGGUGGUCCCAUGUCCACCCAUUUUGUCAGUGUGUGACUGUCAUCGACAGCGCCGUUCUACGCCGGCACGUCAUACACAUCCACAUCUCACCCACCACAUCUGCCGUGGCCCGGUAUUGAGGAGACAGCAGUUUUGUUUGUAAAUACGUUUCCAUGCUGUACAUUUAACAACAACAAACUUUUAUGUAAACUGAAUUGUUUUCAAGAGCUUAAAUAUUGCAUUGAAAUGUAGAAUCUGUUUACCUCUAACUUAAGGUAUAAAAGCAGUGUUUUAGUUCAAGGGAGACGCACGAAGAGCCGUCAUCUGGCAGAUACUAAACUAGGAUUUGUGUCACACGCAAGCUGCCCGGUUUGAGUUUGAAGUUUCCUUGAUGAAAGAAAAACACAUUUCGGCAUCGGUCUGGCGCUCUGUCAUAUCUUUUUAUUAAUGUCAUUGCAAUGAUUAUUAUUAAAACUGGAGAUGACAUGACGGCCAGUUUUUCGUUCUCAUUCACGAAGCUUCAAGCCCAUGUCCGGGACAGCCUGAAGCACACGACCUAAGACGCCUUUACAAUAAAUGGGAUUUUGUCUUGGGGGUUGUAUCCUCCUCAAAGCCCUACGGUGUGCUUGAAUUUUACCUAAUUUAUGUGUACUGCUUAUCCGAGUUUUGUCGUCAGUAAACCACACGGUUACAUCUCU